AUGGAUAACCGUGGUGUUUUGCAGUGGCCGGCCAACCGAUUCCUCCUCUUCUACUAUGGCCGUCGACUUUGCUGGUCUGCGUCUAUUACUGCGCAAGCCACUGCAUUGCUUCGUCUACACGGCACUUUACUGUUCGAUAUGCCUCUCUCUAUCCAGCACGUUGUUACAUGGAUGUCUUUUCAUGGUCUUAUAGUAGAAGGUGAAGGCGGAGCAUUGCGCGAUUUGAUGACUGUCCAUCCAUUUCUCUUCUAUGAGGGGUAUGUAGCAGAGGCAUUCUACCCUACUACCUGGAGCCUUAAUGAUGAAUUACCUCUUUUUCCGAUUGGUACUCCAAGAUUCGGAAUCACUGAUUUUGCUCGACUCUCUCUCACUGCUGAAAACGCUUCAACAUAUGAACAACAGUUGAUACUGCAUCUUGAGCAUUCUCCAAUUACAUGUGUUUCACCGUCAUAUCCAUCCUUUGGUGCUUACAAUGGACUUGGUAUUUGGUAUCCUACACCUGCUGAGGUGACUGCUGGAUUUCGUUUCCUCCAUGCCAUGAUGUUGUCCGGUCAUGGAGUUGAUGAAUUCGGGGUUGGCUAUUGGGAAUUGCAACAGACCCGAGGACCGGCUUAUGGUUAUGGCGGGUUUGUUCGUAUUGCGAGACACUUAAAACUAAUCCGGAAUGCGUUUUUGAUGGGUGUUAAUGGAGUUGGGUACUGUUAUCGUACUUUUGACAGAAUGAUGUUGCGUAACACAUCAAUUGCAUAUGGACGUGUUCAGAUGUACCCGUACCUGCAUUUUAACUGA